AUGACAUCCCAGUACAACUCCUCCCGGGAGAUAGUGUUUGUGCUGCAUGGACUAAACUUAACGCAGACAAACAGACACAUCUACUUGGUGUUUACUCUCAUCCUGUAUCUCUUCACCAUUUUUCUGAAUCUAGCAUUGGUCGUUACUAUAUUUCUGAAAGAAAUGUUGCGAACCCCAAUGUAUUUAUUCCUCUGUAACCUGUGUUUUAAUGGAAUCAUCGGUGCUUCAGCUUUCUACCCAAAGAUACUUCAUGACAUUUUAUUUGACUCUCAUGUGAUAACAUACUCUGGGUGCAUGACUCAGAUAUUUUUUAUUUUUUUAUAUGUUCAUUGUGAAUUUACCAACUUAACAGUGAUGGCUUAUGACAGAUAUGUUGCCAUCUGUAAGCCACUCCACUACCACUCAAUUAUGACUAUUAGGAAAGUAUGGAGACUGAUUCUUCUGACAUGGUUUUUGUCAUGGAUGGAAUGCAUUAUUGGGUGUGUCCUAUUAGUUAGGUUACCCCUCUGUGGUGUUGACAUUGAUAAACUCUACUGCUCAAACUGGGUGGUGGUGAAGCUCUCCUGUGUUGACACCAGUCUGAACAACCUCUAUGGCUUGAUUCUAACUUUUUUAAAUUUCUCUCAAGCGAUAAUUAUCCUUAUUUCCUAUGUGAACAUUGUCAAAGCAUCUUUACGUUCCCAGGCAGGGAUGAGGAAGUUCAUGCAGACCUGCCUGCCUCAUAUGAUCACAUUGGCUAACUGUUCAAUAUCUGUCUUCUUUGAUUCAAUGUACGCUCACUACGGAAGCAACAACAGCCUGCUGGCCCUGAGGAAUAUCAUGGCUGUGGAGUUCUUAGUUCUGCCUCCUCUGGUGAAUCCCAUCAUAUAUGGGAUGAACCUCAAUCAAAUUCGGAAAACAGUUAAAACGUUUUUCAAGCGAAGAGUUGUUGCCUUAAGCUAA